AUGCAUGUUAGAAUGAGUAUCCGUACAAAAAAAGCGAUUUUUUGCGGUAUUAUUGUAUUACUAAGUGUAUUAUAUUGGUAUACGAAUCGGGUCUUGUACACAAAUGUACGAGACAAAAACAUUUCUUUAAAAUUACUUCUCGCUGCUGCCAUAAAAGCGGCAGAAAUUGGUGGUUCUGAAAUAAUUUCAGUUCAUAACCAAGUUAAAUUUGAAAUACGUAGUAAAGGAAAAACAAAAGAAGGUGUAAAUGAUCCUGUUACAGAAGCAGAUUAUAGAUCACACUGUGCAAUGUAUCAUUCUUUGUUAGAGGCAUUUCCAAGCAUAACAGUAAUAUCAGAGGAAACAUCAAAAGACUGUGAUAAAGUUACACUGUCAAAUAUAAGAAAUAAUAUUGAUAAUUUAAAUGAUUACGAUAUUAAGGAUGAAAUUAUAAAUACAAAUGACAUUACAGUUUGGAUUGAUCCUCUUGAUGCAACAAAAGAAUUUACAGAGAAUUUAUUGCAAUAUGUUACAACCAUGGUUUGUGUUGCUGUUAAAGGAGAACCUAUAAUAGGUGUUAUAUAUAAACCAUUUGAAACAAAACAAAAUUCUAGUCUAUUUUGGACAUGGGCUAAUCAUGCAGUUUCAAGAAAUUUACAAGUACUGCAUAAGGUAGAAAAUGAGAGGUCACCUACAUUAAUUGUAUCACAAUCACAUGCUGGCCAAAUUCAUAAUGUUACUAAGAUUGCAUUUGGUAAAGAUGUAAAAAUUAUUUCUGCUGCCGGUGCAGGUUACAAAUUCUUAGAGGUUGUAAGUGGAAAUGUAACUGCAUAUGUUCAUAUGACUGCAAUAAAGAAGUGGGACAUUUGUGCAGGAACUGCAAUUCUUACUGCUCUUGGUGGAACACUUACCCAGUUAUUUGACCAACAAUUGAUAAGUUUUGGUCCUACUGAUUCCAAAGUACUUACAUGGGGUCUUUUAGCUACCAUGAGUAAUCAUGCUUAUUAUUUAGACAAAUUUUCAGAUAUUUAACACAAAUACUAAGAUUUUAAAUUUUAUCAUUGACUUUUAAAUCAUAUUUCACUAUUCUUCCCCCUAUUAAGAUAUCUUGACCUUCUGUGAAGGUCACAAAUAUGAAAACUUGAUACCAGAGUGCAAUCCGUCAAAGAAAAUAUUUAAUUUUAGGACAUUUAUUUACAACUUUCAUAUUCAAAAUUGUUUAAGACAUAUUCAAGUACCUAAAUGUGUCCUAUACACCAAUCUUACACUGUACAAAAUUACUGUUGUACU